CCAAAAAUUUGAGGUGAAUAGUUAAUCUCUAAUGGAGAGGUUAGACAGGUUGAUCGGCGAUAUCCUAGCAUACAUCCUAAAAAAGAAUUGAUUCUCAAAAAGUACACCGUUGUGACCGAAACAUUUGAUAGUAUUGAUAUGAAGAUACAAUACAAUUUUGUUGAGUUCAAAGAUAUAGAAUCAAAGUUUGACAAAAAAGAAGAAUUCGGUAAGAGAGAAGAUGUCUUUGGAACUUUGGUACGAGUUGAAAAUAGUAAAAUGGUACCAACGAAAACCACAUCGGGUGCACAUUCAAAAACAAUGAGAGACAUAACUAUCGUAAACAAAGAGAAUCAAUUUAUGGAAAUUAGUCUUUGGGAAGAUAUGGCCAUAAAUGAAGGAGAUAAGCUACAAAAAGUUUUAGAGCAAAAUCCAAUUAUUGUCAUCACAAAUGUCACUGCAAAAAAGUUUUUGGGUGCUUUGCAAUUGCAAAGUACAGUGAGAUCCGUACUAAAACUUCACCAGAAUGUCCAGAGAUUAAACAUAUGGAGCAAAGAUCCUAUGAAACUUAUGAUCCAUUAAGGAUAACAGCAUAAAAAAUGAUUCAGAAAAUGACAAAUGCAAAGGAAGUGAUGUUGAAAGACCUUAAAGAAAAUCAGCAUAUAAUGGUGAAGUAACUACAUAACAAAUUGAACAUGCAUUCCCUAUUCUCCUUCGUACAUUAAAAUGAUUGUUAUCAUAAAUCUAUGAAAAAUAUGAAUUUAUAGCAAAGGUACCAUUACUAAUAAUGGGAGCUUUCAUGUUAUUACUUAUGUGACGAAAAUAAUAUAAUACAUUCCAGAUUUUUCA